GCGCGAUCCUGCACGCUCCCCGACACAGCGAGAAGCGGAAGUAGUUUAGAGCAGCGGGCGGAUGUUAGGCGUGAAUACAGGAACAACAAAGGAGAGCGAGUGCCCGGGUUUCAAACCUACCUGUGGUCGGAAAAUCGAGGAAACCACCUGCGGUUCACAGGCGAAAGAAUUUGGUUUGCAUGUGAGGACAAGCGGCUGCAGAGCCAACCAUGGCGAACAAUGCAGAGGAUAUUGAAAGCAAUAUGGACCAACAGGAGUCCAGUAGGGUCCCUGAGUGCCCCCAGCAGCCACAGGACGCUACCAGGCUCAGAGCACGGUCCAGAGGGGGCUCGGGGGGGAAUGGUGGAGAAGGCGCAGUCAGCGGCAGCGCCGGUAGCGGCAAUGGUACUGGGCCAGAGCAGAACGGACACCCUCCCGCCGCUCGGCCUCCACGGGUGGUAGAGGCUGAGGAGGAUGAGGACGAGGAGUUGACCCUGAAAUACGGGGCCAAGCACGUCAUCAUGCUCUUUGUUCCUGUGACCUUGUGCAUGGUGGUUGUUGUGGCAACCAUAAAGUCGGUCAGCUUCUACACCCAGAACGACGGCCAGAGACUGAUCUACACACCGUUCCCCGAAGACACAGACACAAUAGGACAGAGAGCCCUGAACUCCAUCCUGAACGCCACCAUCAUGAUCACGGUGAUCAUCGUCAUGACGUUGGUCCUGGUGCUGUUGUACAAGUACCGGUGCUACAAGGUGAUCCAAGGCUGGCUCAUCCUCUCCUCCCUCCUCCUGUUGUUCUUCUUCUCCUACAUCUACCUCAAAGAGGUUUUCAAGACCUACAACGUGGCGAUGGAUUACCUCACCCUGGCCGUAAUAAUUUGGAACUUUGGAGUGGUGGGCAUGAUGUGCAUUCACUGGAAAGGCCCGCUGCGGCUCCAGCAGGCCUACCUCAUCAUGAUCAGCGCCCUCAUGGCCCUGGUCUUCAUUAAGUACCUACCUGAGUGGACUGCAUGGCUCAUAUUAGCUGUCAUAUCCGUCUAUGAUCUGUUAGCGGUGCUCUGUCCCAAAGGGCCUCUGAGGAUCCUGGUGGAAACGGCUCAGGAGAGGAAUGAACCCAUCUUCCCAGCCCUCAUCUACUCCUCUACAAUGGUGUGGCUCGUCAACAUGGCCGACACGGACAGGCCAAAUAGGAAUUCAGCAGAAUCAGCUUCGCCUCAACAGGAGACUCCUCAAGCAGCCGUGGCGUCUCCCGAUCCUUCCAGUCCAUCACAGGACGACGGAGGGUUCACCCCCUCCUGGAUCAACCAGCAGCAGCACCAGCUGGGACAACUCCAGUCCACCGAGGAAAGCAGACGGGAGAUCCAGCAGAUGCCCUCUGCUCGUCCUCCUGUUGAAGACGACGAUGAGGAGAGAGGCGUCAAGUUGGGGCUUGGAGACUUCAUCUUCUACAGCAUGCUGGUGGGAAAGGCCUCGGCCAGCGGCGACUGGAACACCACGCUCGCCUGCUUUGUAGCCAUCCUCAUUGGUCUUUGUCUGACGCUGCUCCUCCUCGCCAUCUUCAAGAAGGCGCUCCCCGCUCUGCCCAUCUCCAUUUUCUUCGGGCUGGUCUUCUACUUCGCCACAGACAACCUGGUGCAGCCUUUCAUGGACAAGCUGGCGCUGCACCAGUUCUACAUUUAGCAGGACGCCGCCGUGACGACCCUCACCCAUGUAGGUCUCUGGGUGACAACACGAGAGAGAGCGGUCGCGGCCGGGGAACAAAGGGCGACGCGAGCGCAGCUUCCGCCCGCACAUCCCCUCCGAAGAACUCAUGAUGGGACACAACCUAUUUAGUUUGCCUUUGUUUUUGGCAACCAAGAGAUGGUCUUUUUUAAAAACUUUUAUUUCCAUUUUAAACCGAGAAGAAAUCUCUUGCUUGAUUUGGGACCUCCACUUUAAAUUGCUUCUCCAUCACCGGCCUCAGGCACAGUCCAACCAGUUAGUGGGAAUAUUAAACCUUUCAUUUCUCCAGGAGUGGUUUACAAGAGAUCGUCUACUCCGCCUCAGCAGCGCCCUGCUUCACAUUUUUCAGUACAACCACAGUCUAUUACAACUGGGGCUUUACAGUAGGUGCCUUGCUCAGGGACACCUUGGCAGUAGCUAUUGAGCUUCACAGACAUUUUUUCCAGUCAUACGGUUAUUUCCGUUACCUUUCACAUGACUCACAAGUUUCAGUUGCCCUAAAACUAAGAUUCCAAAUGCCUUCAAGCGAAUGGACACUCAGUGAUGAUAUUGACUUUAGGUUAUCGUGUAGGUUUGUGUGAGCUCAGCUUUUUUCCCACGCCGGUAAGACGUUCUAAGACAUCUUCUUGUCCACAGUAGACACCAAAACACAGAGGCUUGGACAUUCUAAUCAUUUUAGUGUGGAGACGUUAAACGUAUGUUUAGAAUAUAAAAUGUGAGUGUUGUUGCCACCAACACGAGAGAGUUCACUGUAUUUUCUGCCCUUUAUUUGAACUAGUCACGUCAGCAUUCACAACAUGCGGAGGGAGGAAAAGUCACAUGCACACCCACACUGACAUGCUCACACCUGAGACCUGCUCGGAGGUUCAGUGCCUUGCUAAAGGGCAUUUCAGUUGUUGUUGUAGUUGUUGUUGUUGUUGUUGUUGUGGGACAUCAACGUGUCUUUUUUUCUUUUCCCGUUUUAUUUCCAACCUGUCCAGGGAUUAUAACCUGUGAUCCUUUGGUCACAAACCGAACCUUUAGGCUGCUGCUGUCAUGAUGCUCGCCUGGUGCUGUCUUCAACUAUGCUACAUCAAAAUCUCCAAUAAUUUUAUCUAAACACCCAAAAGGUCGUGGUUUGUAUGGCAGAGGAGACAAAAGGGUUAAAGAGAAACUGCACAUUAGGAAAAUCUAUGAACCAAAAGGUUUGAGAGAACAAAAUUGAGAAUUAUAAAUGUAGGUAAAUUUGAUAAUUGAAUUUGUGAUGGGUUUAUUUAAAAUAUACUUUCCAUUUUUAGCAUUAAAGGGUGAGAAAACUGAAAAUUUAACUCUGUACAAACCUGGUUUGGUGUGAAACACCGAGAUAUGUGAACCCAAACCCAGAGAGAAGACGAGCUGCACAGAGCUGUCAUGUUGCAAAGAAGGAAACCCAGGGGGUGAAGAACAGAAAAGUAUUUGUUCUGAGACUCGUUUUCCCCAUUUUAGUACUUCGGGAAUUGGUUGGUUGCUGGCUUAUUUUCCAUUCUUCACAUGCAUAUGUGUGUUAUGCAAGGUUAUUCAUUUCAGAUUUGUUCUUUUUUUAAUAAAUAAUGUCACUGAA